AUGGCGCCCAGAUACUCAAGCGUAGCCAUCAUCGGGGCUGGUCCGUCCGGCAUAUCAGCUGUGAAGGCGCUGAGUGAAGAGAAGGCGUUUGACAGGAUCCAAUUAUUCGACAGAAGAGAGAAGAUCGGAGGGACAUGGAUCUACGACGAAAAGCCAGAGCCUUUCUCACCGCACUCAAGUCAACCUGUCAGGGACCUCCCUUCAAACUUUCCACAAUCGCUCCCGCCAGCGUCUGAAAAUGUCACUGCCAAAACGGGCAUCUACCCUUCUCUGGACAGCAACGUCUGCUCACAAGCGAAUCCGACGCAUCCUUGGGAGAAGGUCGCUGGGUACCUGGAAGAGAUUGCCGAGCCAUUCAAUCAUCUUAUCACCCUCAACACCCACGUUGAGCGAGUUGAAAAAGUCGGGAAGAAGUGGAGGUUGACGCUCAGAAAAACACAGUACUACCUUAAGGGCCACAAGAGGGACUAUUGGUGGCAGGAUGAGUUUGAUGCUGUGAUCGUUGCGACUGGGCACUAUGGUGUGCCAUAUGUGCCCAACAUUGCAGGGCUUAAGGAGACGUUCGCUGCGCUACCUGAGAGAUUUGAGCACUCAAAGGCGUACCGCUCUCCGGAAGACUACUUUGACAAGAAAGUCGUAGUUGUCGGCGGCAACGUCUCGGCCUCAGACACCGUGUCGGAAAUCCACAACAUCGUCUCCGGUCCUCUCUACGUUGCGCAGCGCGGGUACAACGAGAUCCUCAAGGACGCAUGGGAACUCCCCAACGUUGUUCUCAAACCCGAGAUCACGAAACUGUCCGUCGGCGCAGAUAACCUCGUCAAAGUCACCUUCAAAGACGGCACGGAAGUAGACGGCAUCGAAAAGAUCCACUUCGGCACGGGGUACCGCCUCUCAUACCCCUUCCUCGUCCCGGACCCUGUCACCCCCAGUGGCCGUCUGUCGGGUUUCUACCAGCACGUCUUCAACAUCGCCGACCCCUCCCUCACGGUAGUCGGACAGGUCAAGGCCGCCAUCUCGCUCCGGGUGUACAAGUACCAGGCCGUCGCUGUGGCGCGGUACUUUGCCAACCGCGGUGGGGGCCUGCCGUCGCCGCGGGAGCAGGACGAAUGGGAGGUGAAGCGGCUGCAGUACAAGGGGCUUACAUCACAGUUCCACGAGAUCAAGCCUGACUUUAAGGAGUAUUUCGACUUUUUGAAGGACGUGGCUGGGCCGCCUGCGGAGGGGACCGAUGGAUAUGAGUUGCCUGCGUGGGAGGAUGAGUGGGGGCUGUUGGGAUUCGGGGUGUUGGCGUUGAAGCAGAAGUGGUGGAGGGAGUUGAAAGAGAGAGAUGAGCAGAAGAAGCAGAUUAAGGCAAAACUCUAG